AUGUCCGAAACACCUGCUACGACACAUGUCAAAACUCGCAUCCUUAUUAUAUCUGACACACAUGGGUCGAAACCAAAGCCCAAGAACAAAGGUGGACCUAGCACUGACGAUGAGCUCAACCAAAAGGAUGCCACGCGUGUGACGACGGGUUGGAGAGAGCCUCUACCAGAGGCUGAUGUUGUUAUUCAUUGCGGAGACCUCACGAAGCGAACUACAGUUCCUGAGUUCGAAAACACAUUCUCUGUGUUACGAUCUAUCAAAGCCCCUCUCAAGCUGGCCAUUGCAGGCAACCAUGACAUGGCGCUUCAUGACGACUAUUGGAUCAAUGAGUUUGGUGGUCCAGCGGACACGCUCGACAAGGUCAAGAAUAUCGUUCAGAAGGCUGAGAAAGAUGGUGUUCGAUAUUUGACAGAGGGCGUUCAUGUGUUCACCUUGCAAAAUGGCGCUCUGUUGAAAGUGUAUGCGAGUCCAUGGACUCCUUCUUAUGGUGGCUGGGCAUUUCAAUAUGACAAUUGGCACGACUUCAACAUUCCCAAGGAAACCGAUGUGGCCAUUACUCACGGCCCGCCGCAAGGUAUUUGCGACUUUGCAGGCAUGACGGGGUCUCACGCUGGCUGUCCCGACCUCCUUGCCGCCGUCGCGCGUGCCAAACCCAAGAUCCAUUGCUUUGGCCAUAUCCAUGAAGCUUGGGGAACACAUCAUGUGACAUGGAAAGGCAAUGCCAUUGAUGAGAACCUGUCAAGAAAAGUCGGGCUCAAGGGGCUACGACCAAAUCGCGUGACGCAGAACGAGCAAGAGGCCAAUGCAACGAGGGUGAAGCUCAUUGAGAUGAGCAAACAAAGAGCUGCACAUCUGGACCUCACUCAGGGUGAUAGUCGCGUGGUUCAGGGAAAACAAACAUUAUUUGUCAACGCAGCCAUUAUGGAUAUCAGAUAUAGACCUAUACAGCUACCGUGGCUGAUUGAUGUUGACUUGGCGAGAACUGGACAAGCAUGA